UUCUCUCUCAACUCUCCCCCAAUUAGCCUUAAAUCAACCACACUAAUAUCCUUUCAGAUCGCUCAGUAGACAGAUUUACAAAGAGAUCAAAGAGCUUGGUAAUUAAUUAAUUAAUUAAUUGAGCAUGUCGACGAAGAAGGCGUAUGUAGUAGCUGUGGUGAUCCAGGUGAUGUACACGGGCAUGUACGUGAUGUCCAAGGCAGCCUUGGACGGCGGCAUCAACACCUUCGUCUUCAUCUUCUACCGCCAAGCAGCUGCCACUCUUCUCCUUCUCCCCCUUGCCCUCAUCCUCCAGAGGAGGAACGCUCCACCCAUGUCACUCUGGCUCUUCACCAAGAUAUUCAUGUACGCCUUACUCGGGAACACGGUGAGCAUGAACCUGCACAACGUGAGCCUGUCUUACACGUCGGCCACCGUGGCCUCCGCCACCAGCAACUCCGUCCCAGUCAUCACCUUCCUCUUCGCCGUCCUCCUCCGCCUCGAGUCCCUCAACCUCCGCACCGCCACCGUCCCCGGCGCAUCCAAGCUCGCUGGGGUCGUCCUCUGCCUCGCCGGCGUCCUCGUCAUCGCCCUCUACGCCGGGCCCAUCACCGUGCCACCUCUCACCCAUCCUCAUAAUAUUAACACCACAUCAUCAUCGCCAUCGCCAUCGCCGUCGUCGUCGUCGUCGUCGUGGAUGAAGGGCACCUUGAUGAUGCUGCUGGCCAACAUCACAUGGUCGCUCUUCAUCGUGCUCCAGGCCUCCCUGCUCAAGGAGUACCCCAACAAGCUCCUUGCAACCGCGCUCCAGUGCCUCCUCAGCACCGCCCAAUCCUUCCUGCUCGCCAUGACGGCCACCAUCUACUCCUCUUCGUCUUCUUCUUCUUCCUCAAUGUCGUCAUUGUGGAGGCUGAGGAUGGACGUGGGGCUGGUGGCCGUGGCCUACUCGGGGUUCGUGGUCACCGGGGUCUCUUUCUACCUCCAGGCAUGGUGCAUCGAGCGCCGAGGCCCGGUGUUCCUCGCCAUGUCGAACCCGGUCGGGCUCGUGCUCACCGUGCUCUGCUCGUCGGCGUUCCUCGGCGAGGCCGUCCGCCUCGGCAGCAUCCUUGGUGGCGCUCUGCUCGUUGCUGGGCUGUACAGCGUGCUCUGGGGGAAGAGCAAGGAGCAGCAGCAGCUGCUAGCGCCGCAAGCUUCUUCGGACGCCGGUCUUCCUGUUGCACUGCCGGACAGUAAUAAUAACAAAGAUGAAGAGAUGAAACAGCAGCAGCAGGAGGUGUAGCUGAUGCAGAGUUUACAGGGGAAGUCGGAAAUCAGAACUGAUGUCAUGUAUGUAUGUAACGGUAGCAGAGGUUAUUAGCUAGUUUUUCUUGCUGAUGCAAGAAGCUAGCAGGUGAUGGAGCCCAAAGUGAAAUUGAAAUUAAAAAUGCAUGCAAGUAGCUCAUUAGUAGGAGUUAAUUAGCAGUAGAUUAUUAAUUGGACUGGGAAAAAAAUUCAGAUAUUAAGCACAAGGAAAACAACACACUGUCCUC